UCGGUUACAUUUUUUCUAUUAAUUUCGAUUGGAAUAUUAUUUAUUAUCAUCGAGAAACAAAAUCAACAUUUAUCAAAUGAAUCAUUUGAAAUUGAUUCGAAAUCAAAUGAUACAAUAAUUCAUCGUAUACGUCGUGUUGUUAAUGGUGAACCAACACCUAUUGAAUUAUUUCCAUGGACAGUUAUGGUUAUCAACAAAGGUCGCUGUGGUGGUGUUCUUAUACAUCCGCAAUGGAUAUUGACAGCCGGUCAUUGUAUUGUUAAUGAAAAUCCAAUAGUAUUUUUUGGUCUUGAUCAAUUAUCGAUGGCAACCAAAUCAAUGAGAAGAAAUGUGAUUGAAAUUUAUAAACCAGCACGACAUUUAUUUACAACAGCCGAUUUAGCAUUAUUAAAAUUAUCGGCACCAGUAAUGAUAACAUCACGUUCACAUCCGAUACGAAUGAAUCAAGAAUCCAGAAAAUCAUUAUUGGGAUUUGAAAGUAGAAUGGCUGGAUUUGGUCGUAAUAUUGAACGAAAUGAACGUCUUUUGGCUGGAUAUUUUCAUUUACAACCAGUAUUUAUGUUUUCAUCAAGAGAUAUUAUUGGUGCACGAUCACGAUCGCAUUCACCUUGUUAUGGUGAUUCCGGAAGUGGAUUAAUAAUUGAACGUAAUGGUAAACCAUAUUUGGUUGGUAUAACCAGUUCAAUAUUGGCAGCUAGCUGUCAACCGAAUAAUGUUGCAUUAUUUACCGAUGUUUCAUUUUACUAUAAAUGGAUUAUUGGAAAGAUGGGUGAUGAUUAUCAACAUGAACAACAACAACAACAAAAUGAACAUAAAAACGAUGAUAUUUUUAAUGGGAUAGACAAUUAUAAUGAAAAUUUUGACAAUAAUCAAUAUGAAGAAAAUUUUAUUUCACCGCAACUACCACCACCACCAUCGCCAACCCCAAAACCAUUACAACCAUCACAAUCAAUUAUACCACGAUUUGAUAAUAGACAAGAUUGUUGGCCAAAUAUAUUCAUUCCAUUUACCAAUUAUAAAUUGAUGUUAUGCAAUUCACGGUUAAGAUUUGUUCAUCGUAAUAUUAUUGAUAAUGUAAACAAAUCUUUUAAUUCAACAAUGUUUUCAAAUAAUGAAACAAUAAUUAAUCAAUAUGGUAAUGAUACAAUUAUAAUCACGUGA